AAGGACAGAGACCGCUUUUCAAGCUCAUGUUGCUGCUACUUAGUACACAGCUGCUCUGAAUAAGCAAACUCCACCAAAAAAAUGAAAUUUGAGGAUCUCUUGCUGGAAAUCGAUGGCUUUGGCAAAUUCCAGAUUUUGAUUCUGUUUAUCCUCUGCCUUCCAAGAAUGAACCUUCCCAUGCAUUUCCUGCUGCACAAUUUUCUUGCUGCUACCCCCUCUCAUCACUGUGCAAUUCCACACCAAGAGGCAUUUGUGAACCUCACCACGGAGGAAGUUCUGCUCAUCAGCAUCCCCCGGGAGCCCGAUGGCACUUUCAAGUCCUGUGAGAUGUUCUCGCAGCCUCAGUUUCACCUGCUGCUCAAUUCCUCUCUGCAACCAGAAAACAACUCCAUCAUCCAGGAGUGCCAGCAUGGAUGGGUCUAUGACCACUCGCAGUUCACCUCCACCAUCUCCACGCAGUGGGACCUCGUAUGCGAGCAGCGCGGACUGAACCAGGCGACUGCAACCUUCUUCUUCAUCGGCGUUACAAUGGGGGCCGUGGUAUUCGGAUACCUUUCAGACAGGUUCGGACGGAAAGCCAUGCUCCUGCUGGCGCUUGUGUGCGCCGUCGUAUUUGGGAUGCUGAGCGCCGCCUCCGUCUCCUACAGCAUGCUGGCCAUCACGCGGACCCUCACCGGGGUGGCCCUGAGCGGCGUCUCCCUUAUUGUAUUGCCUUUGGGGAUGGAGUGGGUGGAUGUCGAGCACCGCACCCUCUCCGGGAUCCUGACUAGCAUGUUCUGGAGCAUCGGGAACAUGCUGCUGGCCGCGGUAGCGUACUUGGUGCGGGAAUGGCGCUGGUUAUUAGUGGCCGUAACGGGACCGUGUCUUCUGAGCAUCGUCUGCCUGUGGUGGGUCCCAGAGUCUGCCCGGUGGCUCAUAGCCAACGGCAAAGUGAAACGAGCUCACAGGCAUCUGCUUAGAUGUGCAAGAAUGAACGGAAGGAAAGACUUCGCUGUCUCACCAGAGGACCUCAGAAAGAUGACAACAGACAAAAAGCCAGGAGAGAAUUACACUUACAUCACCUUGUUCAGGACACCAGUCCUGCGGAAGAUCUCUCUGUGUUCUGGGACUCUGUGGUUUGGUGUUGCCUUCUCUUAUUACGGCAUGAGCAUGAACCUAACUGGCUUUGGGCUCAACAUGUAUCUCUCCCAGUUUGUCUUUGGCUUCAUUGAGAUUCCAGCCAAGAUGAUCAUGUACGUGCUGGUGAAUCGAGUUGGACGACGGCAGAGUCAGGCGUGGGCACUCAUCCUGACCGGACUAUGCAUAGGAGCCAACAUCGUCAUUCCCAAGCCCUUCACCCCCUUGCGCUCUGCAGUAGCCAUUAUGGGCAAAGGUUUCUCAGAAGCUGCGUUCACUACCGCCUUCUUGUACACCUGUGAGCUCUACCCCACUGUACUGAGGCAGAACGGGAUGGGGUACAGCUCCUUCAUGGCACGCCUCGGCGGGGCUUUGGCCCCACUUGUGUUUCUGCUGGAUGAGGUGUGGAGGUCUCUGCCCGAGGUGACGUACUGUGGCGUAGCAGUGUGCUGUGGCUUGGUGGCCUUCCUGCUCCCGGAGACGCUCCACGUGCGUUUGCCUGAGGGCAUCGAGGACAUCGAGAAGACGCAAGUGAAAGGGCCGCCACAAAUCGGUGCUCCCAAGGGCAUGCCGCUACAGUCUCUGCUGAAGUGA